UAGGUGACGGAGCCCCGGACCCCGCGGUCCACAGCCGGGGCUCGCCCUGCGGGGGCUCAGCCUCUAGGGGCGACGCCUCAAGCCCGGGGGCCCGGGGGGCCGGGGGGCCGGGCCGCGGGAGGGGGCGGCCGGCCCGCCGCUGAGAGGGCUCUCUCCACACUGCAGGGAGGACGGGAGACCAGGGGGACAAGGAGGAGGCGCUAGUUCGUGCCCUGCAGUUUAAGUUAUAAGACCUGAUCAUGAGUGAUCAAAUCAAAUUCAUUGUGGACAAUCUCAACAAGGAGCCUUUUAGGAAGAACUAUAAUUUAAUCACAUUUGAUUCCCUGGAGCCAAUGCAACUGUUACAAGUUCUCAAUGACGUCCUGGCUGAGAUCGACCCAAAGCAAGUUGUUGACAUCAGAGAGGAGAUGCCAGAGCAGACAGCCAAACGGAUGUUAAGCCUUCUUGGUAUUCUUAAAUACAAACCCCCAGGAAAUGCCACAGACAUGAGCACCUUUCGUCAGGGUCUGGUGACUGGAAGCAAACCUGUAAUUUACCCCGUGCUCCACUGGCUUCUGCAGAGGACGAGUGAACUGAAGAAAAGAGCCUAUUUAGCUCGUUUUUUAAUAAAACUGGAGGUGCCAAGUGAGUUUCUUCAGGAUGAAACUGUGGCGGAUACGAAUAAACAGUAUGAAGAGUUGAUGGAGGCCUUUAAAACUCUGCAUAAAGAAUGUGAGCAGCUUAAGACAUCUGGAUUUUCUACGGCAGAAAUAAGAAGGGAUAUCAGUGCAAUGGAGGAAGAAAAGGACCAGCUCAUCAAGAGAGUCGAACGCUUGAAGAAGAGGGUGGAGACAGUUCAGAAUCACCAACGGAUGCUUAAAAUAGCAAGGCAACUUCGCGUUGAAAAAGAGAGGGAAGAAUUUCUUGCACAACAGAAACAGGAACAAAAGAAUCAGCUAUUUCACGCAGUGCAGAGGCUGCAAAGAGUACAAAACCAGCUGAAAAUUAUGCGCCACGCAGCAGCAGAUGCAAAGCCUGAAAGUUUAAUGAAGAGACUAGAGGAAGAGAUAAAGUUUAAUUCAUAUAUGGUAACUGAAAAAUUUCCUAAAGAAUUAGAGAACAAGAAAAAAGAACUGCAUUUUUUACAAAAAGUGGUGUCAGAGCCUGCUAUGGGCCAUUCUGAUCUUCUUGAACUUCAAUCCAAAAUAAAUGAAAUAAACACACAGAUCAAUCAGCUGAUUGAGAAGAAAAUGAUGAGAAAUGAGCCGAUCGAGGGCAAACUCUCACUGUACAGGCAGCAGGCAUCCAUCAUUUCUCGUAAAAAAGAAGCGAAAGCUGAGGAGCUUCAGGAGACAAAGGAGAAGCUAGCCAGCCUCGAGAGAGAGGUGUCAGUGAAGACAAAUCAGACGCGUGAACUUGACGGCACUGAGAUUCUGAAGGGGGACGAGUUCAAACGGUAUGUCAGUAAGCUUCGGAGCAAGAGUACAGUUUUCAAAAAGAAGCAUCAGAUAAUAGCUGAACUGAAAGCUGAGUUUGGUCUCUUGCAGAGGACGGAAGAACUGCUUAAGCAACGCCAUGAAAAUAUUCAACAUCAGCUGCAAAACACCGAGGAGAAAAGGGGCAUAUCUGGGUAUAGCUACACCCAGGAGGAGCUGGAGAGAGUGUCCGCCCUGAAGAGUGAGGUGGACGAGAUGAAAGGGCGGACCCUGGACGACAUGUCGGGAAUGGUGAAAAAACUGAAUUCACUGGUAUCUGAAAAGAAGUCAGCUCUAGCCCCAAUUAUAAAAGAACUACGACAGUUGCGUCAAAAGUGUCAAGAGCUGACCCAGGAGUGUGAGGAAAAGAAAUCCCAGUAUGAUAGCUGUGCAGCGGGCCUCGAAAGCAACCGGUCCAAAUUAGAACAGGAAGUCAGAGGGCUCCGCGAGGAAUGCCUUCAGGAAGAGAGUAGAUACCACUAUACAAACUGCAUGAUCAAGAACCUGGAGGUGCAGCUCCGCCGGGCCACGGAGGAGAUGAGGGCCUACGUCUCUGCCGACCAGCAGGGGAAGAGAAGGGCCGUCAGGGAACAGUACACCAAAAAUAUUGCUGAGCAGGAGAACCUCGGAAAGAAACUUCGGGAAAAACAAAAAGCUGUACGAGAAAGUCAUGGUCCGAAUAUGAAGCAAGUGAAAAUGUGGCGUGAUUUUGAGCAAUUGAUGGAAUGUAAGAAACAGUGCUUUCUGCAACAACAAAGCCAGACUGCCUUCGGUCAGGUAACUCAGGAGGGAGGCGAGGACCGGCUGGUGCUCUGAGUGUCUGUCCUCACGCAGGGCUGGAGCCGGCGCAGCGAGCCGUAGGCAGACUUUUGGGAUGUAGUUCUUUUCUUGAAAGGGGUUUAUACGCCUCGUACUUUCAGAUCAGCCAUUCCCUGCGACGUUUUCCUGAAAAAUAACGUUAAGGCAGAUUUAGGUUUUAAAGGUUUUUUUUAAUACAAAAAAAUGGCUUUUAGUUUUGCUUAGUUUAAACAUUAGUGGUAUCUUCUGAGUUUUAUGAGACAGGUGACUAAGUUUACUAUCUGUAAAUGUAAACAUAUGUCCAUUAAGAAACAUGUAGUUUUUAAAAAAUAUAAUAACCCAAUGGCUUAAUGUUUUUCUUAAUCUUUUUUUAACUUUAGAAGAAUCUUUUAGGAACUAAUAUCUCUUGUUUUGAAGAAACAUUUAUCUGAAGUUCAGCAAUUUCUACAGUUUCACUUCAGUUUCUUUUUCUUCUGUAAAAUUCAAGAACAUUUAAUAUUUUGAAUAACAUCUUUGUUCUAUUUGUAUUGUCUAAGGCAAAUAA